CGAUCAAGAUCGCCAGGAAGAACGACGCCUCCGCUGUGAAAGCACCCUCCAAGAUGGCCGAGAAGAGCAGAGUUCUGGUGAUCGGCGGCACCGGAUGCAUCGGAAAGUUCAUCGUGGAAGCAAGUGCUAAGUUCGGUCACCCUACCUUCGCUCUCGUGAGGGAGUCCAUUCUCUCCGACCCAGCCAAGGCCAACAUCGCCGAAGGUUUCAAGAGCUUAGGCGUCAAUUUAGUUUACGGAGACAUAUAUGAUCAAGAGAGUUUGUUAACUGCGAUUAAGCAGGUUGAUGUGGUAAUCUCUGCCGUGGGGCAAACACAGGUAGAGAUCCAAGAUAGGAUUGUUGCAGCCAUCAAAGCAGCCGGGAAUAUCAAGAGAUUCUUUCCUUCAGAGAUUGGAAAUGACGUAGAUUGUGUCCAUGCUCUGGAGUCAGCGAAAGCUCUUCUUGCCAUCAAGGCUAAGAUCCGCUGCCUUGUUGAGGCCGAGGGAAUCCCUUAUACCUAUGUAGUUUGUAAAUGUUUUGCAGGUUAUGUCCUUCCGACAUUGGCACAGCUCAAGGCUACAGUUCCCCCUAGAGAUAAAGUUGUCAUCUUAGGAGAUGGAAAUGUGAAAGUGGUGAAUAAUGAGGAGGAUGACAUUGGCACCUAUAACAUCAAAGCCGUGGAUGAUCCAAGGACUUUGAACACAACUCUGUACAUCAGACCUCCUGCCAACGCCUACUCGAUGAAUGAUCUCGUGUCUUUGUGGGAGAGAAAGAUCGGCAAGACCCGAGAGCAGGUUUACGUUCCAGAGGAGCAAGUUCUAAAGAACAUUCAAGCGUUCCCACUCAAUCACAUGUUGGCCAUAUACCAUUCAAUUUUUGUGAAAGGAGAUCAAACCAGCUUUGAGAUUGAGCCGUCGUUUGGUGUGGAAGCUUUGGAACUCUACCCCGAUGUCAAAUGUGCAACCGUGGAUUAGUACCUUGACCAGUUUGUUUGA